UUGGUAAUAGUCGAGGUAUUCCGAAUGGGUUCAUGUAAACAAACAUGGCUGCGCCCGGCGAGAGGAAAUAUUUCCUUUGUAUAUUCUUUAGUGUUUUAGGUAUUUUUAUAGGAUUGUCAGUGUUUGCAGUUUUUGGAUUACAUUAUAAAAAUUGGAAUGCUUCACUUUGGGGUCUUUGCUCAGCAAUACCAGCACUAAUAACGUGUAUAGUUCAUGUGAGAAACAGAAGACGUAAAUAUGAAUUGUGUCCAGAGAGACUGAAGAUGUAUAUGCUUACAGGAUGUUUUGUUCAGUUAACGGGUGUUUGUGGUUUUGUUACUUAUAUGACCUUGGCAAUAACAUUGAAACAAG